GCUCUUCGUUUAUUCAACUACCACCAUGUAUUGAAUAUAAACGGGCUACUAUUAACCCUCAAAACUCAGAUCAGCAAUGUUUCAWGUGGGCUAUAUUAGCAAAACAUGUUGUCGGAGAAAAUAAAUACCGCGUCAAUAACAAUUAUACCGAGCAUGAGAGCAAAUAUAAUUUUGAAAGCAUCUCAUUCCCGACUCCACUGUCAGACAUUAAAAAAUUUGAAAAAAACAAUCAAAACGUCUCUAUAAAUGUGUUCGGUAUCCAUAAACAAUAUUUGCCACCACCUAAACUUCCAACAUAUAAGAUAUUCCCGCUCAAAGUUGUAGAUAACGAGAAGCAAGACCACUUUGAUCUUCUAUUAGUUACUGAAAAAGAAAAAUCACAUUAUACUUACAUAUCUGAUUUUUCAYGGCUUAUAAGAUCUCAAAAAACUAGGCACAACGGUCGUGUUCUAUUUUGUAAAAGAUGUUUUGAUGAUAGGCGUCGUAAAUUUAAAUUGAGCGAACAAGAGGCACAUAACCAGAAUAUGAUGAUAUGUGGAACUCACAAACCCAUACUUCCUGUUAUGCCGUCAGAGGGAGAUACCCUUGAGUUUGAGGGCUGGGGAAAGACACAGCGACACCCGAUCGUUAUUUAUGCGGAUUUCGAGGCUCUACUAGUAAAAUGUGAUGAGAGAAAAGGCAAGAGCACAACUGCUUUUCAAAAACACGAGCCUAUGAGUUAUGGGAUAUAUGUAAAAGCAGCAGAAAAUGUACCAAUCGAGUUACUAAAUAAAUUUAAUAUACCAUCAUCCGUUAUUAUUUACCGAGGAUCUGAGACGCGAGCGGAAGUUGCUAAACAUUUUGUAGAAAAUGUUGUGGAAAUAUCGAGAAAAAUAGAGGAUCUUUUGAAGUCAAACGUAGAUAUAAUUAUAAGUAAUGAAGAGCAAGAGAAGCAUGAUAAGGCUACAACUUGUAAUUUAUGUAAAAAAGAUUUUACUUUUUUAAACGAAAAAGUAAGAGACCACUGCCACCUGUCUGGUCAGUUUCGCCAGACGAUUUGUAAUUCAUGCAAUUUAGCGUUGAAGACGCCGAAAUUUGUGCMUUGUUUCUUGCACAAUCUGUCUAACUACGAUGCACACUUCAUUGCCGUUGAGUUGGGGUACGAUGAGAAAAGUAUURCGGUUAUUCCCAAUAGCGAAGAGAAAUUUAUUUCUUUUUCAAAAUAUAUCUCAAGUAAAUUUACUUUAAGAUUUAUCGAUACAUGUCGGUUUAUGGCUUCAAGWCUUUCAAAUUUAGCUACGAAUCUGAUAACACCGGACUUAGAGAAAUUCAGAGAAACCGCAAAACAUUUUUCUAAUGAAGACUUGUCGCUUGUCACCCGUAAAGGAGUAUAUCCAUACGAGUUUACUGAUGAUUGGUCUAAGCUUGAACAGACAACUUUACCACCAAAAGAAGACUUUUACAGCACACUAACAGAAGAACACGUUAAAGAAGAAGAAUACGAACAUGCGACAAAGGUUUGGAACCAUUUCAACUGUCGAACACUUGGAGAGUACAGUGAUCUAUACCUGAAAAUCGAUGUUCUUCUGCUAGCAGAUGUUUUUGAAAACUUCCGAGACAUAUGUCUGAAAACAUACAACCUAGAUGCUGCUUUUUAUUACACCGCUCCUGGAUUAAGCUUUGAUGCAUGUCUAAAAUAUACAUCGAUAAAGUUAGAACUUUUAGCCGAUUACGAUAUGCUGUUGAUGUGUGAAAAGGGAAUAAGAGGAGGACUUACACAGGCCAGCCUCCGUUAUGGCAAAGCUAAUAAUUAUAAAACACCCAACUAUGACUCGAGUAAGCCGGACUCGUGGAUAAUUUACCAGGAUUGUAACAACUUAUAUGGAUGGGCCAUGUCGGAGUACAUGCCGUAUGGUGGCUUCAAAUGGGUUGAGCCUACUCUCGAUGGUUUGGAAUGUUUAAAUGAAACAUCGGAGAUAGGACGAAUGUAUGAAGUCGAUAUCGAGUAUCCACAGCACUUACAUGACGAUCAUAAUGAUCUACCAUUCUUGCCUAACAAAAGUAUACCACGCGGUUCUAAAAUACCAAAACUCAUGGCAACGUUCGAAUCUAGAGAACAUUAUGUCGUGCACUAUCGUAAUUUGAAACAGGCAAUGGCAAAUGGUUUAAAAGUUAAAAAAGUUCAUAGAGUGUUACAGUUUAGACAGUCACCUUGGUUGGCGAAUUACAUUCAUUUAAAUACCGAAUUGAGAAAGAAGGCCAGAAAUGAGUUUGAGAAAGAUUUUUACAAACUUAUGAACAAUAGUGUGUUUGGAAAAACCAUGGAAAGUGUGAGAUCUAGGAUAAAGAUGGAACUUGUCUCGAGUGAUAAACGGUUACAGAAACUUAUAAACCGGACGACAUUCAAAUACUGUACCAAUUUUGAAAAUAAAAGUCUAACAGCGGUUUUGCUGUGCUUGAGAUCUCUAAAACAUUAA